AUGUUCCGAACCGUCGCCGCCGCGCUCGCUCGCCGCUCCGCUCGCCACGUCGUCGAUGCGACGGAGCGUCGCUUUUCGCGCUUCGACGCGCUUCGACGUUGUCGAGCCUCCGACGCGUUCGCGGCGUCGACGCGCGCGGGGAUGUGCCACGACGCGCGGGCGCUCGGACCGCUUCCCGGCGAUGCCGAACACGCCGUCUCCGACGUGGACAAGUUCCUCUUCGACACCAACGGCUUCGUCGUCGUCAAGGACGUCUUCUCGAAGGACGACCUCCACGCUUUCCACGACGCCAUCGACGCGCACGCGCACCUCAUCCACGAGCGCAAGGGCCAGCUCAGGCUCACCGCCGCCAAGACCCCGCUCUCGGGCGACGGCAAGACCGGCCGCAAGGACCUCGCGGGCUUCCUGGGCUGGCAAAAGCCCCACUGCGAUCCCUUCAGGAGCGUCCUCGCGCAUCCAAAGUUAGUGCCGUACCUGCACGAGCUCGUCGGUCCGGGGUACCGACUGGACCACAACCCGCUGCUGAUCAUGCAGGAUCCCGGCGCGGAGGGGUUCGAGUUUCACGGCGGCAGCACCCUGGACUCGGGCGACUGGAACCACCCGCUCGGGUACGACUUUCGCCACGGCAAGAUGCGGUGCAACCUCCUGGCGUUUGCGGUGCAUCUGACCGACGUGAAGGAGGGCGACGGCGGGUUUUGCAUCGUCCGCGGGUCGCACAAGAGCAACUACGUCUGCCCGCCGUCCAUCAAGCGGUACGAGGAGGCGACGGAGCACUCGUACCAGCCCGCGGUGAACGCCGGGGACGUGGUGGUAUUCACGGAGGCGACCACGCACGGGACGCUGCCGUGGAGGGGCGACGCGCAGCGGCGAAAUUUAAUCUAUCGGUUCUCCCCCGCGAACAUCUCGUACGGUCGGGGCGCGAUGGACGACGGGAGUUACCUCGCGCCGGCUCCCAACUGGCCGCGCAGUUACCUGGAGGGGAUGAGCGAGGCGCAGAGGUGCGUGAUGGCGCCGCCGUACCACCCGCGUCUCAACCGCGUGGCGGUGAAGCCCGACGCGAGCGGGGUGGUCAAGCCGGCGCCGAGGGAAGCGCACAAGGUGGACUUCGACCGAGCCGUGUUCAAGGCGGACUACUUUUAACUUGUUUCACACGUGAGAGAUCGACGU